UCUUGUUCGGCUGGAGAUGAGCGACCCAGCAAGCCAAGAUUUGAUCAUCCACCGUGAAGACGAUGAGAAGCAGCAGCAGCAGCAGCAGAAUAGUGAAGAUGAUUUCGAUGACGUUGACGAGUAUGACAUUGACGAGUCCUACUAUUUCUACGUGAUCAAUGCAAUUCUGAGUGGUACUGCAAGGCUCAAUGUUCUGUUGCCUACAGUGACGAUCCUUGCCUUCAGCAUUUUUGCACCUCUUCUGACAGAUGACGGUGAGUGCAAGACAUUGAACAGAUGGUUGAUGGGAAGUUUUUUGGCCCUUUUGGCAGUGUCGUGUGUGUUCUUCACGUUAACCGACAGCUUCAGAAGUGGCAGUGGAAGGUUGUACUAUGGAGUGGCAACGUUGAGAGGGAUAUGGACGUUCAAUGGGGGCAAGAAGAAGCCUCGUGUGGCAUCAGAUUAUAGACUGAGAUGGAGUGAUUUUUUGUAUGCAUCAUUGUCUUUGGUCUCUUUUCUUGCUUUUGCAGGGUUGCAUCAAGAUGUGGUGAAGUGUUACUACCCAGCAUUGCCUAGAAAGGUUACCAACACUCUCCCUCUUGUGGUUGGUUUCUUUGUGAGUGUCUUGUUUGUUGCUUUUCCUUCCAAGAGAAGAGGAAUUGGAUACCCCUUCUUGCUGCGCAGAGAUCCUUUCUACUCUUCUAGACCUUGAAACCCCCCAUUUGUGUAAUCAUAACAUUUGUGUAAGGAGUUUACCCAACACAUUAAAGGGAUAUUGGUUACUUGUGUUAACAAAAUAUGAUUGAGAGAAACAUGAAAAUAAAAUCAAUGGAGCUAAUAGAAAAUUUGUCAUC